CUUCUGCUCGAUAUCUCUAGCGUAGCAAGCACACAAGGAAGAAGCCGUUGUCCUCGAGAAUGCUGCAGCGGCGCACCGCACCAAGACAGCAAGUGCAGACCACACCAUUUCAUAGUGCAAAGUCUCCUGUUCUCUAGGCCAGCACAUGUGCCCGCACAUAGGAUGCGUCCGCACAUGAAUUGAUUGCACAAUACGGGAUACAAUACGGGAUGGAUACACAGUAUAUACAAGGGCUCCCCGAGUCAAUGCUCAUGGCCGGCCUGGCCCAUCUGGCGCCCGCACUGGCUGAACUAAACUCCUUUCACGACAGCGUCUCCGGCCCUGGCCCGAGGGUUUUUUGUUUCGUUCCACCGCUUUGCCUGGUGUGCGAGUGAUUGUGUGUAUGGAUGGGACGGGUGUGGUGCCUCCCGCGCCUGUGCCUCCGUCCGGUCAGCCGAUUCCCAAUUCCACAAUAAAUGCCCGAGGAGCCCAUCCUCUCGACCCUCUGCCUAACAUUACCCCGAGCAACCUCUUUUGUUUUCUUCUUGCCCUCGUCUUCGCUCUUCAUUGUCCCUGCCAAGCCCUGCUUAUCUGCUGAUAACGGCUUCCAUCAUCCGACCCGCGAGACACGAAUCCCACACACACACAUUCACGCACACUACGCACGUACGCACACGCCCACUGCCACGCAUACGGACGGCACACGCACAUGCUCGUGUCUCACGCCCCCGGAUAACCAAGCAAUCGGGACGCGGUUCGUGCCAUCUCGAGCUUAAUCCGGCCGGCCAACACGCGGAGAACCCAGGGCACACGACACUACCAGCACCGAGUAUCCUCGGGUGUCUCCAUCUCUGUCCCCGCCCCCGUCCGUCAUCGUCGUUGUCACUGUUGCAUUUGCGCGCUCAUGUCUCCACCGCCAGCCGCCAACACUCCCUCGCCAGCCAGUCUGAGUCUACAGUACCACCAGUCCAAUGGUCCUGGUACCCAGGGGUCCUCAGCCUCGCCCGCUGCAGACAGUGUCAACGUCCACGUGAAGACCCAGAAUGACGACUCCAUGAUUCUCGACGACGCUGACCAGCGGCAGAGUGGCGAUGAGGGCGCAAGUGACAACGACGACGAUGUGGCCGAGACCGUCAACCGCAAUGGCAAGCGGAAGCGUCCCAUAUCUGUCUCAUGUGAGCUAUGUAAGCAGAGAAAGGUCAAAUGUGACCGUGGCCAGCCUUCUUGUGGGUGGUGCAGCCGAAAUGGCGCCCACUGCGAGUACAAGGAACGCAAGAAGCCCGGUCUGCGCGCCGGCUAUGGCCGCGAGCUGGAGCAGAGGCUCGAUAAGCUCGAGGAGAUCUUGCGGACCCAUUCAGAGAUUCUCCAGGCCACCAUGACUGUCCAUCAGCGGGCCCAGCCGUCCAUGCUGCAACAUCACAACCCGUCUUCAAGUAUCAGGGGGAGCGUUGCCAGCUUGCCAAGUGACCACGGCACUCCUCGCGACCACCAAGCACCCAGUUUCACCAGGCCAGACACGAUACGCACACCACAGGCCGAGACGGCGCUGUUCCUGCAGAAGCCGUCAUCAUAUCCUCCGGCUACCCAGUCCAUGGACUUCGGCAUCCCUCCGCCCACGCCGGGUCUGCAUGACGGCUUCCAGCCUCCAGUCACCAUGGCAGGAGUAUCACCGACAAAUCACAGCCACAUAUCGGGCAUGUCAUCAGUGUCAGUAGCUGGAAUGCCAAGUGCCGCGGCACAGGAGUACUAUGGAUCCAGCACUGGUGCUCCUCUCCCUUCGCCCACGGUCAAUAUGGCACACUCUCACAACCAGACCCUUUCAUCCGAUCAAGACCUACCACCUUAUGAUCUCCUCUAUGCCUUGGUCGAUCUGUACUUCAAGCACAUCAACACUUGGUGUCCGAUAUUGCAUCGAAAAGCCACACUCGACUCGCUGUUCGGGCCCUCGAUGAUAGAAGAGACCGACAAGAUCCUGCUUCACGCCAUUGUCGCCACCACCCUACGAUACUCGACAGAUGCCAGGCUCUCCGAAGAGAGGCGGCGGCAUUACCAUGCUGUAUCAAAGCAACGGGUCAUGCUGUACGGAAUGGAACACUCCUCGGUCAAGUCUCUGCAGGCACUUGUCAUCCUCGCCCUUGACCUCGUCGGCGACAGCAACGGGCCUCCUGGCUGGAACAUCAUGGCACUCAUCACACGUUCCGUCGUGCAGCUCGGCCUCGCCGUGGAGUCCAGCUCCUUCUCGGUCAGCCCAAACUUCACCUCCAUAUAUACCCUCCGUGCCAUGAUCCUGCCCGAAGCCAAGGACUUCAUCGAAGAGGAAAGCCGAAGAAGGCUGUUCUGGAUGAUAUACUUGUUGGACCGCUACGCGACAAUAGCCACCGCCUUUGAGUUCGCCCUUGAUGAGCGCGAGAUUGACCGCGCCUUGCCCUGUCGUGAUGACCUGUGGACCAAAAACCAAAAGGUUGAGACGCGAUGGUUCAGUGACCAGCACCACUACGACACACAUCAUGACCAACACAAUGGCGAUUCUCCAGAACACAAAAUGGACAACCCCCAAAACCUCGGUGCAUUCUCGUAUUACAUCGAGAUACUUGGCAUCUUCUCCAAGAUUCACACGUUCCUCAAACAGCCCGUCGACAUCUCGGCGCUGUCAGACGUCGAACAGUGGCAGAUGCGAUACAAGGAGCUCGACAACACCCUGACCUCAUGGAAGUUCGGCCUCCCGGGCGAGUUUGGCAACAUGGCCAAGCUUUUCCAACCGGGAUCCAAACAGCUCAACUGCGCUUGGGUCAUGCUGCAUGCAACUUAUCACACCGCGGUGAUCCGGUUGCAUUCAUCCGCCGCCUACCCAACAACACGAUCCCCCAUCUUCCACCCGUCGUACAGCGCCAGCCAAAGAUGCCACGGCGCCGUCGAGAACAUCCAAGCACUGGGGGAGUUCGUUAUGACAAACGGCCUCUUGUCAAAACUGGGCCCCCCAUUCGCGUUCACACUAUGGGUGGCGGCACGCCUGCUGCUCGUGCAUGGGAGCACGGUAGAACACAAGCUGUCCCCCCAGCUGCCAUUCUUCGUGGACUGCCUGAGGGAGAUGGGCCUGUACUGGCCCGUCGCAGCACGGUACUGCGGCCUUCUCCAGCGGGUGCUCGACGAGUACCGCGAGGUCGAGGGCCAGCUGGCCAUGGGCGGGGAGAGCGGGACGCCGUCGAGCGUCAAGAUCCUGGCCGACAUGCGGAGGACGGCGUUCGACCUCGACUUCCUCAUCAGCCGGCAGCCGCGGCACGUCAACCCGGGCGCCAACGGGCUCGGCAUGUCGGGCACGGGGACGACGCCCGGCCCCGGUGGGAACGGCGGGCUCGGCGCUGGCGGGUUCGGGGGUGGGAGGAACAGCCGAUACCCGAGCGUCACGCCCACCAGGACGCCACAGCCUCACGACCUCGAGUACCUGGACGUGUUCGACUUCUUCAACGUGCCGAGGCUGCCUGCCGGGGCGCCGGGAGAGCUGGGCACGAUGGAGAGCAACGGCCAGGGCAGUAGUAGGGAUGGCGGGCAGCCGGCGAUGUCGGGAGACGGUGGUGCCAAUGGCAAUGCGAACGAGUUCAACAUCCAGGAAUUCAUGGUUGAUGCCAACCGGGAUUGGUUAUUCAAGCAAGAGGGGGCCAAGUUCCUCAACUGAGGCGUGUACCAACAAGCUAAAAAAGAGAACAUUGAACAACGGGCGGAGUUUGUGUGUGGGAAAGUGUAUAUGGGUCUCGAAAUUUCUCACUUUAGCCUUGCUGUUCCGGCGCAAUCAGCGGAAGCAUCGGCAUGGGUUUGCAUGACGGAAUGUAUACUAAAGCUUUGAGAUUCUUUAUGAUGUGGUCAUGCGGCCAGGGCAA